AUGCGCGAGGAACUAUUUGAUCGUACACAAGUAUUCAUCAAUUGGCUAAACGACCGUCGCCGGCGUCGACCAGUUCAAUCGAGCGCCCACCGCGUCCGACUCUCGCCCGCCUCGCGCCCGUCGCGCGCGCGCCUGGUACGACGGAGACAGCAGUGGCGCUGGCGAGUGGCGCGUCACGUUACUGCAGAAUCUUUUGUAAUUGACUUUGUAACAGCCUUGAAAGUUGUUUAUGCGGCCGCAUCGAUUUACAGCUCACGGAUAACAUUCUAUCGGAUUUCGUCGAACGACUCGAAGCCA